GGAACUGACAGACUGACAGCUCAAACUAGGUAGAAAUACAAUCCUCAGACCCAUGCAAACUCAGUGUGCGUGCACACACACAGAACUCAAAUUCAGGAUUUUGUAGAAAGCUGCAAUUGAAGGAACUGGGAGCCCUGCUGAUAAAGAAGCUUAUCCUUGUGGCCUAAAAAGAGGAAGGCACUAAAGGCAGAAGUCUUGAAGUACUAUUUUGAAUAGCCCAUCAGGAAAAGCAUCAAAAUCAUGAAUGGGCCAAUAGAUGGCUUAUAUGACCACACUCUGGAUGAUGAAUGGGAAUUCAUGUUUACCUCUGAAUCAGUAGGAGAAGGGCAUCCAGAUAAGAUCUGUGAUCAGAUCAGCGAUGCUGUGCUAGAUGCCCAUCUCAAACAAGAUCCAAAUGCCAAGGUUGCUUGUGAGACAGUAUGUAAGACAGGAAUGGUGCUGCUGUGUGGGGAGAUCACAUCUCUUGCUGUAGUGGAUUAUCAGCGAGUAGUGCGAGAUACAAUUAGGCACAUCGGCUAUGAUGAUUCAGCUAAAGGCUUUGACUACAAAACUUGUAAUGUUCUGGUGGCACUGGAACAACAGUCACCUGAUAUUGCCCAGGGUGUUCAUCUACACAGGAAUGAAGAAGAUGUUGGUGCUGGAGAUCAGGGUUUGAUGUUUGGUUAUGCAACAGAUGAGACAGAAGAAUGUAUGCCUCUAACAAUUAUCCUUGCUCACAAACUGAAUGCCAAGUUAGCAGAGAUGAGGCGCAGUGGUGAACUCCCUUGGCUGAGACCUGACUCUAAAACACAGGUCACUGUUCAGUAUGUCCAGGAAAAAGGAGCCGUGAUCCCAGUCCGUGUUCACACCAUUGUGAUAUCUGUGCAGCAUGAUGAAGGCAUUUCACUGGAGACUAUGCAGAAAGCUCUGAAGGACCGUGUGAUUUCAGCUGUAGUUCCUGCCAAAUACUUGGAUGAGAAAACUGUUUAUCACCUUCAGCCCAGUGGGCGUUUUGUUAUUGGAGGGCCACAGGGUGAUGCUGGCGUUACUGGUCGAAAGAUCAUUGUGGACACAUAUGGUGGAUGGGGAGCUCAUGGAGGUGGUGCCUUUUCAGGCAAGGACUAUACAAAAGUUGAUCGAUCGGCAGCAUAUGCAGCUCGCUGGGUGGCUAAAUCAUUGGUGAAAGCUGGUCUAUGUCGUCGUGUUCUAGUUCAAGUUUCUUAUGCCAUUGGAGUGGCUGAGCCACUCUCUAUUUCACUGUUCACUUACGGAACCUCCCAGAAAACAGAACGAGAGCUGUUAGGUAUUGUGCACAAGAACUUUGAUCUUCGACCUGGAGUCAUUGUAAGGGAUUUGGAUUUAAAGAAGCCCAUUUAUCAGAAGACUGCCUGUUAUGGUCACUUUGGAAGAAAUGAAUUUUCAUGGGAGAUACCUAAAAAACUUGCAUAUUGACAGUAAUGCUACCUCCAAUGCAGAAGGGAAGAAGAUUUCGCUAGUCAAGAUGCUUCCAGAAAUGAGUAUUGACUACUUUUAUACAACAGCAAUCUUCUAGCUUUAACAUUUCAGAUUUUCAGUGGACAGAAGGAAAAGGUUAUAUUCAUGGGAUUGAUUUUUACCCUAAAUGUUUUAUCCAGGUUCAUUAUCAAAGGCAUCAAAGGCACUAUUUGUUUAUAUCAUCAUAUGCCACCAAAAAUUAUGUUUUGUUUUUUAACUGCUGCUCUGUUGGUUGGACUGAUGAAAGCCAAAAUAUCAUUAUGACAUACCAACCUACCUUUAUGCCUCAAAUCUAUCACAGUGUGGUCUUACAUGCAAAGGAAAAGCUGUUCCUUGCAACUUUGCAUAUGGAGCUGUAAGUCUGCUGACAUUCAUGAUUCCACAGUGGAGAGUCCUGGGGUACAAUUUCCUUAUUGGAGCUGGUUUCACAAACAGUGGUAAGGCAUCUUGCCCAGAAAGAGUUCACUAUUGCCUAACUGCACCAUAUCCUCAUUUUCAGGGGAUGUUACUAGGUACACAGUGUUUAAAUCUUCUUUAGAGGUUGUCUGCUGUUACCAUAGUGUUCUAAUUAACUAUGCUUUUAUUAGCCUUUAUACAGUACUCUUUUGGCAAAAAAGUUUUUAGUUACUUUCAUAGGUGCCUUUUUAUAUAUAGCCAUGUAUCAGCUCAUCAGAUUUUAGACUGAAUGGCUCAUCUCAACCUGUGGCACAUUACAGUCAUUGACUUUAGUAUUGGCCAAAAUUAAUACUACCUGCCAAUGUCACGGCUAUCAAAUACAGGAAAGCAAAGUACUAUCAGUACUCCAUAUUUAAUAGAUUUUAAGGGCAUACUGUUAAGGUAUCUUUCACUAUGACUAUCUUAAUUUUCUCAAUGGUGUUUAUAACAACCCUGUAUAAAACUGAAACUGAUUUUUGUUUACUAUAAUGUACUUUUUUAUUUUUACGCACACACAGGUUUCUUAUUAGAAAUGUCAGACUCAUUGUGUUGCUUAUUGGCACCAAGGCAAUUUGGGAACAAAAUCUGCACACACAAGUUAUCACAAGACAAUAGAGAAAAACAUAAGAGGUACUGGUUAGUUAAAAAUGGUCCUAUGAACCUUGACAACAUCUCUUUAAUUGAAAGGUAAAUGCUUAAGUAGGCCACUAGAUGGCAGUACCACAUACCAUAGAUUUUUAAAUUUAACAUCUGUGAAAAUACAUCUUUGCAGGUGGGAUUUCAAACUGACUUGAGUGGGGCACACAUCACAGCCCGAGUU